AAAAUAUUUGUGUGUUUCAUACAGUUCUCGCAUGGACACGGAGAUGGCACUCUACAUAUCUAACAGCUCCAAUUCGUUCUAAAAAGUUGAAAGUGCAAAAGUCGCGAAGCAUUGUAACACAAAAAUUCAUGAAAAAUCUCCAACAAUGGACAACGAAGCACAAACGCAUGAAAUGACACAGUAUCGUGCGCGGUUAAUGAGGCAAAAGGAAUUUCUCACUGACAUAUUAUCCAAGAUUGAGAAACAAAUACUUGCGUUACAGGUGGAGCGAUUACAUUUGCGGAACACUCUGCUUGGGGCUGACUAUCUCAAUCGAGAAACGUCCCAGUCGAAAAACGUAUCGGACGAAGCAGUUACGAAAACUAGCGCGAAGACGGAGUCAGUAAUGAUGAUGAGCGAUACAGAAAAUUCAGAUUUCACAAAACAUGAAUUAGAUUUAUCCGUGCUACCGCACGGUUUGAAUAAUUUCCAAGAGGAGAGUGAAGAAAGUGGAGAAGAUGAACAGUUAAUUAUAGACGAUAAAGAAUUCAAAGACAACUGAAUCUUCUGAAUUUUAAUUUAAUGUUGUAAUUGCGCUAGAUUAAUGCUUAAGAACCAAAUAUUUUAGCAGAUUUAUAUAUUUUAUAGGAGAGGGAGAAAAUGUAUAUAUAAAAUAUCAAUAAUUUUGAUUUAAGGUCAUGUAAGAAAUAAACUUGCGAAGACUAUAC